UGCAGUCAGCCAUUCAGUGAAUAGAAACGUGUGUGUCGUGAUACUUAUAUCUAAAAUUAAGCUUAUGAAAAUGUGGACUGAAUUGAUAACCGCAGCAUGCGUUGCUUUGAUGGUUUCUGGUGAAAGUAAUUCUCGCAUUGAUCAAGGAAUGAUCGAAGAUUCAUCCCUCGAGGCAACACGAACGGGGAAACAAAGCGGUUGGCAGAAGCAUAGGCCCCGUAUUUAUCCUUACCCCGAGUACGAUUACCAACCGGAACCCCAGCCGCAACCAGCCUACUACCCCAGAUCCGAACUGUACCACAAUCCACAAUCUGAACCAGCCUACUAUGCGCAGCUAGAUCCAGCCUACCAUGGACACCCAGAGCUGACCUUCUAUUCCAAGUACGAUCCGACUUACUACCCUAAGUACGUAUCGUACGAACAGUACAGGCCAUCGUACGACACCAAGCCGCAACCCUGUGGACACGAAUCUACCAAAACUCACACCCACGCUUCGUAUACGACACAUGCGCCUCACACGACAUAUCCUCCACAUUCGACGUAUGAACCGCAUACGACGUAUGCGCCCCAAACAACAACGUAUUCACCUCUUGCAUUGCCAUCGUUGCCAUCGUUGCCGGUGAAGAAUCCGCUGCAGGGGCUCAUCAUAAGUGACUUGCUUAACCGAGCGCUAUCGUCAACGACCCAACGGUAUAACUAUGAUCACUAGAGGGGAUCUCCAGAGUAUUUUAAGUACAUUGAUCCCAUGCAAUCAGUAUUAUCGUCGUUGAAAAGAUAUUUGUGUUGAUAAUGCAAAAAACAAUUAUCGCAAAAUGAAGCUAUUUUUUAUGUUUAGUCUUUAUUGAAUCUAAUUUAUUUAUUUAUUGUUGUAGGUAAUACAAAAUUGUGAUACAAAUAAACUUCACUAUUUUUCAUGAAAAAUAAA